UGGCUCUGGAGAAGGGAGAGGAGUGGGGCGGGAGGAGGCAGCGACGGCGAUCCGGCCAGGGUGAUGGUACAGGUGCCAGGGCCCGGCGCGGAGCUGCCGCGCUGAAGGGCGACGGGUCCGGAGUCCGCAGCGCCGCCGCGUCGCUCCCGGGGACGGGCGAGCGGGCGGGAAGAUGCUGAGCAGGUUGAUGAGCGGCAGCAGCAGGAGUCUGGAGCGCGAGUACAGCUGCACCGUGCGGCUGCUGGACGACAGCGAGUACACCUGCACCAUCCAGAGAGAUGCCAAAGGCCAGUACCUGUUUGACCUCCUUUGCCACCACCUGAACCUACUUGAGAAAGACUACUUUGGGAUUCGUUUUGUGGACCCGGAUAAGCAGCGGCAUUGGUUGGAGUUUACAAAGUCAGUGGUGAAGCAACUGAGAUCCCAGCCUCCGUUCACCAUGUGCUUCCGUGUGAAGUUCUACCCUGCAGACCCUGCUGCCCUGAAAGAAGAAAUAACCAGGUACUUAGUCUUCCUGCAGAUCAAAAGGGAUCUCUACCAUGGCCGUCUCCUCUGUAAAACAUCGGAUGCCGCCUUGUUAGCAGCCUAUAUCCUUCAAGCGGAGAUUGGGGAUUAUGACCCAGGAAAGCACCCUGAAGGCUACAGCUCCAAGUUCCAAUUCUUCCCGAAACAUUCAGAGAAACUGGAAAAGAAAAUUGCCGAGAUUCACAAGACUGAACUCAGUGGCCAAACACCAGCAACAUCAGAGCUGAAUUUCUUAAGAAAGGCACAGACAUUGGAGACCUAUGGAGUAGACCCUCACCCAUGCAAGGAUGUGUCAGGAAAUGCUGCGUUUCUGGCCUUCACUCCUUUCGGGUUUGUUGUUCUUCAAGGAAACAAGAGGGUCCACUUCAUUAAGUGGAAUGAGGUGGCCAAGCUGAAAUUUGAAGGAAAGACUUUCUAUUUAUACGUAAGUCAGAAAGAGGAGAAGAAAAUCAUUCUCACAUAUUUCGCUCCAACUCCAGAAGCCUGUAAGCACCUCUGGAAAUGUGGAAUUGAGAAUCAAGCCUUCUACAAGCUGGAGAAGUCAAGCCAGGUCCGCACAGUGUCCAGCAGCAAUCUGUUCUUUAAGGGGAGCCGGUUCCGAUACAGUGGCCGUGUUGCAAAGGAAGUAAUGGAGUCAAGUGCCAAGAUCAAACGGGAGCCACCAGAAAUACACAGAGCAGGGAUGGUUCCCAGCCGCAGCUGUCCCUCAAUAACCCAUGGCCCCCGGCUGAGCAGCGUCCCCAGGACACGAAGAAGAGCUGUUCACAUCUCCAUCAUGGAAGGCCUGGAGUCCCUACGAGACAGUGCCCAUUCCACACCAGUGAGGUCCUCUUCCCAUGGGGACACCUUCUUGCCUCACGUGAGAAGCAUCCGGGCAGACAGCAAUGAACGAGUAGCUGUGAUCGCAGAUGAGGCCUACAGUCCGGCAGACAGCGUGCUACCUACACCUGUAGCCGAGCACAGCCUGGAGCUGAUGCUGCUUUCCAGGCAGAUCAAUGGAGCCACGUGCAGCAUUGAGGAGGAGAAGGAGUCUGAGGCCAGUACCCCAACUGCAGCAGAGGUGGAGGUCCUUGGAGGAGAGCUGAGGGCCCUGUGUCAGGGGCACGGCGGGCCAGAGCAAGAACAGAGUGGGCAUCUGAAGGGACCACGGCCACAGCAGCAGCAGAAGGGGUGGGGUAAGUCUGUCCCCUUAGACUAGCGCCUAGUGGACAUCACUGAGUUUUAGUUAAUGGUUUUUUUGGUUUUGUUUUUUUGUUUUUUUCCUGAAGAACCUCAGGGCUCUUCUAGUGCUCCUGGGGUGUCAAUGAAGUCAGUGGCAGGAGAGUGACUGUCAGAAAUGUCCUGCGUGUAGUUUCCAGAGACCUGUGCUAAGUCGACUGACUGCCUGAGAGCCUGUGGGGCAUAGAAAGCAGUGCUUGUUUUGUAGUGUGCCCUUCCAAAAAAAAAAAAGGACUAUUUCAAGCUCUAUUUUAAAAGCAAAAUGUUAUUUUCUUAUCUAUUCAUAUUUUGUUUUUACUUUAUGGAUUAAGAAAACAGAACCUGAUGAACUUUAGCUGCAAGAGAGAAACAGAUCUGAGGAACCGUCAAGAACAAGCAGCAGCCUUGGAAGGGACCAGGAAACAUUCUAAGUGAUGCUCACAAGAGACAGAAUUUGACCAUGGCAGAGACCAACACUUAGCAUAGAAAUGCCACCCAUAGGGUCAGCCUCUGCCCCUGGAAAUAAGGCCCAGGAGAAUCCUUGGAGGGCGUAACUCACUGCAACACUGGACCACAAAGGUGAGCAGGAGUCCCCAGGCCUCUACACUUAAAAACAAUCACACACACAAGACCUUGUUUCCAUCUCAGGGAGAGAUCGCAAAGUCGUCAGAGGCCCAAGGACUUAUUCAAAGGACAGUCAAGGGACAUACUCCAGAGACCCAGACAACAGCAGAGCUAAACAGCUCCACAUGUAGAACAGGUUGAACUGUAGUACAUUUGAGCUCCUCUUAUUUUUUUUGCCUGGGAUGGUAAAACCAUGUCCAUGUUCUGAAUAGAAAAACCAAUG